AUGUACGGAGUCGCUAGUUUCAUCGUCACGGCCAUUUUGUUUCCACUGCUUGGCUUUUUAGCCGUAUGCUCGAGAUUUUAUACGCGCAUCCGUCUUACGCCCACCUUUGUGGGUAUCGACGACUGGCUGAUUGCUUUCUCCUGUCUUCUGGUUCUAGGCCAAGGUGCUUCUCAGAUCGUUGGCGCUGUCAUAGGAUCGCUUGGGAGAGAUAACGAGCCGACUGUUGAAUGGCGCGAGGCAAAUCAGGCCAAGAUUAAUUAUGCCACCAUUAUCGUCGAGAAAGUCACAUACAGUUGUAUCAAACUCAGCGUUCUCUUCUUCUACCGUCGUAUCUUUCUUCGGCAAAAGUCAUUUCGAAUCGCGAAUAAUAUCCUGGUCAUUCUCAUCGCGCUCUGGGGUCUCGUGUUUUUGUUAUUGCAGGUGGUUCUUGAAACUGACAAUGAAACUCUCGCUCUGCCUCGGGGCUCGCAGGAGUGGUUACUGUUGUGGUUUGCUAUCACGGAUGUAUUGGGUGAUAUUGCGGUUCUUGCGCUGCCAUAUCCGUGUAUUCGCAAGUUACAGAUGAGCAGACGAUUCAAAGUCGAGCUGAGCUUCGUGUUUUUGCUGGGCACGCUAUCACUUGUCUUCGGCGUAGUACGACUAUACUUCGUUGCAGUUAAUUUUGCUAUCUUCUUUCAUCCUCCAAAAACGACUCCGAAGGCCCAUUCCGAGCCAACCUUCUGGACGACGGCCGAAGUCUCAAUCGGCCUUUUGGCAGCCUGUCUUCCCCCUCUAAAGCCUCUGCUUGAAAAGAUGGGCGGCGCCUUAAAACGUAGUCUUGUCUCAUUUCGUGCGAGCAGGAGCAGAAAAUCCGAAAGAUUGUCGAGUGUCGAAAACAUUGCGAAGAUUGACGGCUUCAACGAGGUGAAGUUGGAGGCAGCAAAGGGGACAGAGUAUGAGAUGACCGACUUCGACAGAAUCGAAGUGGAGGAAUAG